CGGAAGCCGGAAGGGGGGUUGUGAGGACGUGUUCUGAGAGAGCCCGAGCCGGACCCGCAGGGCGGGCAACAUGGAGCCGCUGUACCAGCAAACGCACAAGCGGGUCCACGAGAUCCAGUCUCACAUGGGACGCCUGGAGACGGCAGACAAGCAGUCUCUGCACUUAGUAGAAAACGAAAUCCAAGCGAGCAUAGACCAGAUAUUCAGCCAUCUAGAACGUCUGGAGAUUUUGUCCAGCAAGGAGCCCCCUAACAAAAGACAGAAUGCCAAACUUCGUGUUGACCAGUUAAAGUAUGAUGUCCAGCACCUCCAGACUGCUCUCAGAAACUUCCAGCAUCAGCGAUACACAAGGGAGCAGCAAGAGAGGCAGCGAGAGGAGCUUCUGUCUCGCACCUUCACCACUAACGACUCUGACACCACCAUACCGAUGGAUGAAUCCCUGCAGUUUAACUCCUCCCUCCAGAAAAUCCACCACGGCAUGGAUGACCUCAUUGGAGGCGGGCACAGUAUUCUGGAGGGACUGAGGGCCCAGAGACUGACCUUGAAGGGAACUCAGAAGAAGAUCCUUGACAUUGCCAACAUGCUGGGCUUGUCCAACACAGUGAUGCGGCUCAUUGAGAAGCGGGCUUUCCAGGACAAGUACUUUAUGAUCGGCGGCAUGCUGCUCACCUGUGUGGUCAUGUUCCUCGUGGUGCAGUACCUGACAUGAGCCAACCAAGCCCAGUGGCUGAAUAACAUUCCCGCUGCGUGAGAGUGUGUGUGUGAAAGAGGGGGGCCCAGAGGCUACCUUUUGAAAUGUGUGUCCGUCUUAACUGUGAAGACCACUUAGAAGUAAUUAUGAUCUGUAACCUAGUGGGAAUUUCAAACCUGCUGUUUUCUGUGACAUCUUGGAGGGGCAGUUAGUGCUACCGGGAUGCGCGGUGCUUAGGAAAUGAAAGAAGUACCUGUUCUCUCUCACUCUUACUCUCACUCUCACUGGGGGAGGAAGUGAUGUAAGGGAAAGGGAUGAAGAAGGAAGGGGGAGGAAAAGAAUGGCUUUGGUGGUUUUGUCCACAGAGCUGAUGUGCACGCCGGGAAGGCUUUCAUGGUGAGCCUUGUGGACAGGACUUCCACACUCUGGCCUUUCUGGCUCCUAGGCUAGAGCAGAAGCAAAGAGAAGAGAAAGAGGCCCUCUUUUUCUGUGUCCAUUAUGGUCGAUGGAUUCACAUGCCCUUGCUACUAGCCACUUGCCUCUGCCCCCAAAUGACAUGUAGAUGACUGACUGCUAAUACUUGUCAUCCUCCCCUAGAAGCAGCUACCUAAAGGAAAUAGGCAUUGAUGCUGUUACUGACAGCAAGAUUUUCCACAUUACAAUUGUUGGGUGUUUCUCCUUUCUAAAAUGAGGCGCCUGUUACUCCCUGGGGGUGUUCAGUCUUGAGACUGAAGA